AAACAACAAAGCAUGAGCUCGACGAAGAGGAAUAUGGUGAAUAAGGAGGACUUGGAGGAGAGACUCAAAAAGCUCCUCGUGAGACUAGGCAAUCUACAGGAGGGGAAACAGCUAGGUACCAUGGUUCAAAUCAUGGAGGAUCUACUCUCCCUGGCACAGACAGAUGGUUGUGCAGCUGAACUUUUCGAGGAUAAAGAAGCGCACAUGCCACUGAUGAUUGUACUGACAUCCUACUCCAGCAGCAAGGGAGUCCAACAGGUGGGUUGGUCGUUGCUUUGCCGGCUAGUGGAAAUAUGCCCGACCACCUUGGACAAGUUGGCCCGGCCUAUGGCUCUAUCCAAGGACUGGGAAGUCCUGGGAGUUCACCAGCAGGUCCUCAAGGUGCUGGCCAUGCACAUCACUGAAUGUGGGAUCGUCACAGUCACCUUGCGAGCUCUGACUGGCCUGCUGCGAUCACCUGACAUAAUGCUUCAGGUGCUGGAGGAAGAUGUGGAUGUGUUUGACCUGGUCGUGGAAGGGUUGAAGACUUUCCCAGACAGUGAAGAUGUGCAACUCUGGGGCUGUCGGGCACUGCAAGUGCUCCUUGAAAGAGUGUCUGAGGAGCACCUGGUGGACUUUGUGGACCGCCAGGACCACAGUGUCAUCCUGAGAGCAGCCCACACCUUCAGACACAACCAGGAGCUCCUGCUGCACGCCUUCAGGGCCCUGCUGCCACUCGCUGGACCACCCAGCAAUGUGGAGAUCCUCAUGUCCAAGAAGGAGAAGUGCUACUGUUUAGUCAGCCAGGCCAUGCUGGCCUUCCCACACUCAGAGCCCCUGCAGCAGGUCGGAUGCUGCCUCCUAAAGAAGUUCACUUCUGAGAGUUACUACAAUAUCCUGGUGCUGAAUGGAGUGCACGGGGUCACAGUGAAGGCGUGCCUCACGUACCCUGAAAAUGCCACUUUACAAGCAUCGGCCCUCACCUGUCUAGCCGCUCUCACAAAAACGAUAGUGCUGAACAAAGCGCUGGAGAGUGAGAGAAGCGAGGAGGAGGAGGAGGAGGAGGUGGAGGAGGAGAAGGAGCAGGAGUUGGUGGCAGGAGAGAGGCAGCCCCAUGUGGAGAGGCGGCCUCAGGCGAGGGUGGAGGAGGGCCCGGGGCUGUGUUGGAUGGAGGCCACCUGUACAGCACUGGAGCUGCACACUGCAGACGCUGCCGUGCAGGAGGCAGCAUGUUUGGCACUUGACAGCCUGUUGCUGCACGGCGGUGGGCACAUUUGGAACAGCGUUUGCGAAGAGCAGGAGGGGAGGGGUCCGGUCCACAGGAAGAUCAUGGCGGCGAUGCUGCUCCACUCCAGCUGUAUAGGCGUCUUCCAGGCCUCCGCCGCCGCACUCUGCACACUCAUACAGCGCAGUGGUAAGGUGAGGGGCCAGCUGCUGUCCCAUGGGAUCCAUUUCAACAUUGUGGAGAUCAUCAAGAGGCACAUGAAGUCCCGCAAGGUCUCCAGCAGCGGCCUCAGGCUCCUCCACAAGCUCUUCCACGGAUGGAGGGCAAGUUUAGACGAGGCCGCCAUGGCCAUGGAACAGAUCCUGAAAGUUAUGGUCAAGCACAACUUCAAUCCUCAGAUUCAGUUAGAUGGCCUGCAAGCUAGCCUAACCUUCCUCAGCCCAGACAGGAGUCUGCAGGAGCAUGGCCAAUCCGUGGCCGACCCAGACACAGAGGACGUGUCCCUCAGGGUGCUGAAGAACCAGUGUGUUCUGGAAGGGGCUCACACCACCUACCUAGAGGCCCUCAACAGGUUCAUCAGCAAUAAGGACAUUCAGGAGCAUGGCCUGCGUGUGCUGUCGGAGCUGGCCGAGUGCUCGGGGGCCGUGGACUUGAUGUGUCAGCAGGGGGCCAUAGACACCGUGCUGCACACACUACAGAUGUUUCCCAGGAAACGUGAAAUCCACUAUUGGGGGUUAAGCCUCCUGUUCUACCUCAUCAGUAAGAAGAAGCUCUCACGCACUAUUGUCCCUGUCCUGGCCUCUGUGCUGGCCCAGUCUGUACGGCAGUACAGCGAAGACAUGGAGAUGCGCAAGAAAGGCUUCCUGGCUGCAUGGAAGUUGAUGGAUACCUCUAGUGAUGCUGCCUUUGCUCUGGAGAGCGAAAACUUUGCUAAGGAGAUCUUCGAGCAACUCCGACAACACGCCAUAGAACACCGAAACGAUGCCCUGCACAGGUUAAGCUGUCUGUGCUUGUCCAAGAUGGCGGCCGAUGUUGAGAUCAGAUACAGCAUGCUGGAGAAGGCCUGCGAGGCCGGCGACCUGCUCAUGGCUGAGUGUUUGAUACAGCUGGGCGCUGACAUCAACAAGAAGACCAAAACAGACUCCCUCAUUUACCAGGUGUGUGAGAGGGGCGGUCCCCUGGCCCUGGUGGAGCUCCUCCUGAGUGCAGGUGUGCAUGAGCAGCACCUGCGCGGGGCCCUGGGCGCGUGCGUGAGGCGGGGGGACGGGCCCGUGGCCAUCCUGCUGCUGGGCCGCCUGGGUCUGGACCUGAACAACAGCGCCCUCUGCCUGGGGGGCUUCAGGCUGGGACGCAUGGAGGCCGCCUGGCUCAGCCCACUGCUGGCGGAGCGCAGGGUGCCCCCUAGUGCACACAGGAGGAACUGUAAAGGCUAUACUUUAGCACGGCAGAUCCAGGCCCUCCAGAAGAAGAGAGGAGCCGCGGGGUCCCAAAGCAUCCUGAAUGACCUCACCGCCGGGUACUUCUCUGGGGAGGAGAGUGAUGACUCCAGCCACAUCUCCCUGGAGGACAGCCUCGUCUUCACGUUCGAGGACAUCGAGAGUGAUAGUAGUGAGGGAGCCCAGGGUAUGCUGAGGCGCUACUGUGACUCUCCUGAGGAGCAGAGGGCCAGGUCAGCCUCCAGACAAAAUGGACGCCGCAGGCACAGCAGCACUGAGGGUGGCCAAGGAGAUUCAGAUCUUCAUGAUUCCAUACAAAAGAAGUUCAACAGACACAUGCAGAAUCACAGAGUGCUGAGCCCGGGGGACAGUCCGUCCCCGUCGCUGUCUGGAAGUGACAGGGAGAGGGAGCGCAUCCGUCUGCUGGACCUGUCUGGUAACGAGCUGGACAGCCUGAGCUGCCUGACGGACAGCCCCACAGUGCAGCAGCAGCUGGAGCACCUGCACAGGCUAGACCUGAGCCAGAACGCCCUGACCCACUUCCCCAGCUCCCUCUGCGAGUGUCUGAGGAGGCUAACUCGUCUGGAUCUCCAAGGCAACCAGUUGCACUCCCUGCCGGCCGAGAUCCUGGGCCUGCCCGCACUGAGCACGCUCAACGUCUCCCGGAACUGCGUGGGCCCUGAGCUGACCUUUGACCCUGCGGUCUGCUCUCCAACGCUGAGGCAGCUCAACCUCUCCUUCAACCACAUCACCACCUUCCCCAGCACACUAGGGGGCGCCAUGGAGAGGCUGGAGGAGUUCUCACUAGAGGGAAACCAGAUCAGUGCCCUGUCUGAUCCUCUGUGUUUGAGGGAACUAAAGGUUCUGGAUGUGAGCAAGAACUGCAUCGAGCACAUCUCCAGUGACUGCCUGUCAGACUGCCCCAAACUGGAGACGCUAAAUGCCUCAGUGAACAAACUCAAUUCCCUGUCACAUCUUCCCUCAAAAAUAACUACUCUGAAGUUAUCGAACAAUGACUUCACAUCUAUACCAGAUGUAAUUGUGAACUUGCCAAUUUUGCAGUCUGUGGACAUGAAGAACAAUCGGAUAUCCAUUUUGCCCGGCCCCUCUGCCUGGACGUCCACCAACCUCCGAGAGCUCAUGUUCAGUCACAACCAAAUCUGCGCUCUGGACCUGAGCGGGCCGGUCUACAAAUGGGCUCGGCUCGAAAAGCUUCACCUGUGCAAUAACAAGCUGAGUGGGAUCCCCCCUCAGAUUGGCCUGCUAGAGGAGCUGACGUCUCUGGAUGUGAGCCGGAACGAGGGCGUGCGCUCCUUCCCCGAUGAGAUGGGGAAGUUGGGAAGGCUGUGGGAUCUGCCCCUGGAAGGCCUGAAACUCCAGUUGGACCUGAAACACAUCGGCAACAAGACCAAAGACAUCGUCAGGUUUCUCCAGCAGCGUCUGAAGAAGGCAGUGCCCUACCACCGCAUGAAGCUGAUCGUGGUGGGCAAUGGGCAGAGCGGCAAGACCUCGCUCCUCCAGCAGCUGAUGAGGACCAAGAGGGUGCCGGAGCGACAGGGGCGCAGCCCCGCCGGAAUCGACGUCCGGGACUGGAGCAUCCGCGAGCCGCGCGACAAGAAGAACAUGGUGCUCAACGUCUGGGACUUCUCAGGUGGAGAGGAGUUCAGCGAGUCCCAUCCCCACUUCAUGGGGCCUCGAACCCUCUACCUGGUGGUGUAUGACCUCAGCAAGGGGGCCAGGGAGGUGGACGCCAUAAAGCCAUGGCUCUUCAACAUCAAAGCUGUUGCUCCCCUGUCUCCCGUGAUCCUGGUGGGCACUCACACAGACGAGUGUGACGAUGCCCAGAAGGAGGAGUGCAUCCGCAAGGUCCGAGAGGAUCUGCUGGGCCAGCCGGCCUUCCCCACCAUCAGAGAUUACCACAUGCUCUCCGUGCACGAUGACCCUGAUGCCGUCAGCAGCCUCCGCAAAGCCAUCGUCAGGGAAGUCAUUGGCUUCAAGAUCCAGGGCCAGCCGGUGAUGGGCCAGCUGGUGCCGGAGUCCUACGUGGAGCUGGAGAGGCGUCUGCUGCGGGAGAGGGAGCGCGUGGCGGCCGACUUCCCCGUGCUGACCCACCGCCACCUGCUCCAGCUCAUCCAGGAGAGCCAGCUGCAGCUGGAGGAGGCCGAGCUGCCCCACGCCAUCAGCUUCCUGGCCGAGACCGGGGUGCUCCUUCACUUUGAUGACCCUGCCCUGCAGCUGAGUGAGCUAUACUUCAUUGAUCCCCAGUGGCUUUGCAACAUUAUCUCACAGACUCUGGGCCUGAAGAUCUGGAGUGGCGGCGAGCACCUGAGGGGUGUGGUGCAGCGCGCCGUGCUAGAGGUCUUCCUCAGCGAGAGUCGCUGCUUCCCCAAGAGCCUCCUCACGCAGAACCUCAAGCUGCUGGAAAAGUUCCAGAUUGUUCUUCCCCUCGGACAAGACCAGUUCCUGGUUCCGAAUAGUCUCUAUGAGCAGAAGCCGUCCUUUGACCUUCCCCACUGUGAGCACUCGGAGGUGAUUGUGCGCGUGUACGAGAUGCCCUAUUUCCCCAUGGGCUUCUGGUCCCGCCUGAUCAACCGACUCCUGGAGGUCUCCCCAUUCAUACUCUGUGGAAGAGAGAGGGCUCUGAAGCCCAGCCGGCUGUACUGGAGGAGGGGCAUCUACCUGAGCUGGUCUCCAGAGGCCUACUGUCUAGUGGAGGCUGACACAGUAGAGAACAGUCCAGCCAGCGUCAUCAGCAUUACCGUACCCUGCUCCCGGAAAGGUCGUGUACUGCUAGGUCAGGUGGUGGACCACAUUGACUCCCUGCUGGAGGAGUGGUUUCCCGGCCUGUUGACCACGGCCAUCCAUGGCAACGAGGAGACGCUGCUGAAGCGGUGGGCCCUGUACAGCUUCGACGACGGCCAAGACGCAUGCAACAGGAUGCAGCUGGAGGACGUGCUGAGCCACAUCGAUGAAGACUGUCUGCUGGUGAACCCAGAGGAUCCUCGCUGCACUGUGCCCAUUGCCCAGAUCUCUCCCGACCUGACCCUUAGCGAUCAGCCGGCCAGCACCAUGCUCAACAGCGAAGAGCUGGAGAUGGACCUCUCCAAACAGUACCUGCUGGGUGAUGGAGGGUUUGGCUCAGUGUACAGAGCCAUAUACAAGAAUGAAGACGUCGCUGUCAAGAUCUUCAACAAGCACGCGUCAGAGCUGUAUGUCCAUCGACUGGUCAGACAGGAGUUGGCAGUGCUGGGCCGCCUGCACCACCCGAGCCUGGUGGGGCUGUUAGCGGCGGGCAUCUUGCCGCGCCACGUGCUGGUGAUGGAGCUGGCGCCUCUGGGCUCUCUCGACACCCUCUUCGAGCACGAGCAGGGCAGCCUCAACCGCAAGCUGCAGCACAGGAUCGCCCUGCAGGUGGCCGAUGGACUCAGAUACCUGCACUCCUCCAUGAUCAUCUACCGUGACCUGAAGCCCCACAACGUGCUGCUGUUCAACCUGAAGACCGACUCGGAGAUCAUCGCCAAGAUAACCGACUACGGCAUCUCCCAGUACUGCUGCAGCAUGGGCGUGCGGAGCUCAGAGGGAACACCAGGGUUCCGUGCCCCGGAGGUGGCGCGUGGCGGGGUGAUCUACAACCAGCAGGCUGACGUCUUCUCCUUCGGCCUGCUGCUGUACGACCUGCUGACGUGUGGAGAGCGCAUCGUCGACGGCAUGAAGUUCCCCAGCGAGUUUGAUGAGAUCGCAGUUCAGGGCAAACUCCCAGACCCCGUGAAGCACUACGGCUGCUCCCCUUGGCCCGGCUUCCAGAGUCUGAUGAGAGACUGCCUGAGGGAGACGCCGCACGACAGACCUACCUCAAGUCAGGUGUUUGACCGGCUGAACUCUGGUGAGAUGCUGUGUUUGAUGACAGAGCUGACGGUGUGUGGGAUCCCCUCUGAGUGUUUCACACUGUCCUGUGGAGGAGAGGCCGAAGGCUCUCGCAUGGUGUGGCUGGGUGGAGGAAGCUGUACUCACAGAACCGGCUGUGUCACCUCGUUGGAUUUGAAAUCAGAGAAGACCUCAUCUCAGGUGGUGGAUAGCAGCCCUGUGUUAUGUGUAGUGAGUGUAAAGGUGCCUGGCGAGUCUUAUGAUUGGCUCGUGGCAGGUACACAAUCGGGCUCCCUUGUAGUCAUGGAUACUAGAAAUCCUUCCAGUUACCAUCAUCUCCAGAAGGUGUCGGAUGCUGUGACGUCAUUGUUCUUUCACACACACACACCACGCAGCUGCUUGAAGAACUACCUGUUGGUUGGAACAGCAGACGGAACGUUGGUUAUUUAUGAAGAUUCUGUCUUGAAGCAGAAGGAUGGGAUGCCAGUCAAGGCGGUGCAGGUGGGCACGGUGACGUCCCCCCUGGUGUGUUUGUGCCAGUCCACCUACCCCCAGGACCGCAGCACCGUCUGGGCAGGCUGCGGCACCAAGGUCUUCUCCCUCACCACGGACUACGAUGUCUGGAAAACCAUAGACACCAAGCACAAGCCACUCACCCAGAAGCUGAAUUGUACCCUGGGCAGUGACACAAAUGUAUCCAGACUGGUGGUGGACAAGCAUGUGUUCCUGAGUAAAGUCGGGGGGCAGAUGGUGGAGGUUUGGGACAAGAAGAGUGACAAAGUAAUCGACUUCCUCGACUGUGCUCAGUUGCUGAGGCCCAACUCGUGCCGUAAGCCCAGGAGAGCCAGUGGCAGCACGGAGGCGUUUGGGGAGAUGGAGCCGUCGUGGGCCACGGUGAAGGCCCUGCUAGUGCAGCACAGCAGCACGCUGUGGAUCGGGACCCGGGCCGGACACAUCCUGCUGGUGGAGCUGUCCAACCGCACGCUGCUGCAGGCCAUCAGCCUCCACUGCCACUCCGUCAGGAGCAUGGCCUCCGUGCUCAUCGAAACGAUCAACAGGAAGAGUGUCAUUAUGGUACUGGGAAAACGGCUACGACUGGCCCAAGACCAAAUCCGCAGUCAAUGUGAUGAGGAUUCUGUUUUGAUGGUGUGGAACAGCACGCUGCCCCUUGAGGUGAAGGACUUGAUUCGCCACUGUGAACUGAGGGAGGAGAUCACCGCUAAGAUGAGAGAACAGCUCUUCGACUGAGCCUGCUUUGCACUACAUUUCCCACCACCAGCCCCACCCCCCUUCCCCAACUUCACUACAUAGUGGCCCUAUACACUCUAGGGCAGUCUCUAGCAAAGAACGUAAAGGGAAGAAAGCUUAUUUACGUCAAAAUGUGUAGUGUAUGGCCAAACGCCAUUUCUGCUGCCUUUCAUUAGGACUAAGGGAAUUUCCACUUUUAGAGUGAAAAGCAUCCUCUUUCCCAUAGCUCAUGAAUGAACCAUUAGACUUUCGCAGGGCCGAAAUGAAGCCUUAUUUCAACCUAUGACGGCUGCCAUUUUAACGCAUAUUGGCAUCAUUUUCGAUAAGCGUUCUCACGUCCAGUUUCAAAUAUGGGUGCAAUUAUUGUACAAGGCACUGAAAAUCCCACCUCCCAGGUGUUCCAAGCACUGGAGGAACAGGUCGCUACUGUCAAUCAUGCCAGCUCUGCCAACCAUGUUUGUAAAACGUACAAUUAGUGAUGUGUACUACAAUGAGCAUGUAAAAAUAACAGUCAUAUAUAUAUAUAUGGUCGUCGUGGAUAUCAACACAAUUGUCUGGUUAACAUCAGAGUCUAUGGUAUUUUCAAACUUCAGGAGCCUGGAAGUCUAAAUCCGUUGUCAGCCCCAGCCAUAACAGGAGACAAUCUGGCUUCAUAGUAAUUGACCGGAAAGUUGCCACUUGCUUACACUCCACUAUUUUGUAUGAAAACCGAUCGUCAUUUUUCCUGCUUCGCUUCAAAAACGGAAUGUGUCUAACACAUUCCGUUUUUGAAGCGAAGCUGGAAAAAUGAAAAAGUGAAAAAGGUCAAUUUACAUGCACUGUCCCCCAAACAAUGGUGCCACUGCCAACCAAGUAUACUAAGUACGGCAACAAGUAUGCCAAUGCCCAUGGAGCAGUGCUUCCGGACUUCAAUAUUGUCAAAGUAUUUUUCAGGGUGAAAGCCUUCCUCCCUUUACGGUCUUUAUUUUCAGGAUAAGCACACCGGUAAAUAUAUUUAUCUUUCAGUUUUUUUAAACAUCACUCCCUUUAAUCAGUGGCACUGUAUAUAAUGACAGGUUGAACAAUACCAUUCAUUGGGAUCACGUAGUCAUUUUAUUGACUAAAAACAUUCACCAUUGUGAGACAUGACCUGGAUUUUAGCCAAUCGUAAAUCAUUUGAAUUUAUAGGUUGUGAUGAGUUGUUUACAAAUGCAUCAUAAAAUGUUUGUAAUUACUUGCUUUCUUAGAGCAAGUGGAAAACCUUCCCUAAAAUUGAGAGCCAUGUGGAUUUAUUUUACUAGAGGAAUGAAGCCAUAGAAGACACUGAUUUGGUUAGAUUUCUUGUCCUGUCUGGAAUAAUCACUUAACCAUUUUUUUUGUCUUGGAAUAUCCCCUGAUGGUCAGGGAAAGAUGCUUAUAUACACUACAAAAUAAUGUAUCCAAAGUUUUAUGUGGGUGGGGGAAGGAAAGGGACUGGACACACAUAACCAAGGGAAAUGAUCUGGUAUUGUCUUUAUUUGGAAGACUUUAUUUUCCUGGAUUGAUAAUAGCCUACCAAUUCUGAAGCGUAUAUCUUCUCCCAUUUUGUCCUCUGUGCAAAAAUAUGUUUGUCCACAUUUUGUGAAUGUAUAGUUUUGAAUGCAUGUUUUGUAUGAUCGUUGAAAAGGGAUGACAGAUUUUAACUGAUUAUUUAUGCUGGAUUCUCCUAGCACUUAGAAUCAAACUGAAACCCCUUUUGAUAUCCUUGUCAAGUAUUAUUUAUUAAAAUGUCUGUAUCAUCUGAGUACAGACUUAAUGUGA